GAUCACGGAAAGAGCCGAAGAUGUCAGCUCGGUCAUGUGAUCAGCUGUCUCCAAUCACAGCUGAUCACAUGAGACAUGUACACUGAUCAUCAGGGCACUGAUGAUCAGUGUGCCCUGAUGAUCAGUGUGGCCCCAUCAGUGCCACCUGUCAGUGCCCAUCAGUGCCACAUCAUGCCAGUGCAUACCAGUGCACAUCAAUGCCACAUAUCAGGGCCCAUCUGUGCUGCCUUUCAAUGUCACUCAUCAGUGCCAGUCAGUGCCACCUAUCAAUGCCAGUCAGUGUUGCCUAUCAGUGCCCAUCAGUGAUGCCUGUCAAUGCCCAUCAGUGCCACCUAUCACUGCAGCCUCAUUAGCGCACAUCAGUGA